GGGAAGGAAGAGGAGGCGGGAUCCGGGCGCUGCGUUGGCUGCGGCCUGGCACCAAGGGGGCGGCCCCAGCGGAGUGCAGACCCGGUGGCUCCUGGCGAUUAUGGACCCGGCCGAGGCGGUGCUGCAGGAAAAAGCGCUCAAGUUUAUGUGCUCUAUGCCCAGGUCUCUGUGGCUGGGCUGCUCCAGCCUGGCGGACAGCAUGCCUUCGCUGCGAUGCCUGUAUAACCCAGGGACUGGCGCACUCACAGCUUUCCAGAAUUCCUCAGAGAGAGAAGACUGUAAUAAUGGCGAACCCCCUAGGAAGAUAAUACCAGAGAAGAAUUCACUUAGACAGACUUACAACAGCUGUGCCAGACUCUGCUUAAACCAAGAAACAGUAUGUCUAGCAAGCACUGCUAUGAAGACUGAAAAUUGUGUGGCCAAAACAAAACUUGCCAAUGGCACUUCCAGUAUGAUUGUGCCCAAGCAACGGAAACUCUCGGCAAGCUAUGAGAAGGAAAAGGAACUGUGUGUCAAAUAUUUUGAGCAGUGGUCAGAGUCCGAUCAAGUGGAAUUUGUGGAGCAUCUUAUAUCUCAAAUGUGUCAUUAUCAGCAUGGGCACAUAAACUCGUAUCUUAAACCUAUGUUGCAGAGGGAUUUCAUAACAGCUCUGCCAGCUCGGGGUUUGGAUCACAUUGCUGAGAACAUUCUCUCAUACCUGGAUGCCAAAUCACUAUGUGCUGCUGAACUUGUGUGCAAAGAAUGGUACCGAGUGACAUCUGAUGGCAUGUUAUGGAAAAAGCUCAUUGAGAGAAUGGUCAGGACAGAUUCUCUGUGGAGAGGCCUGGCAGAACGAAGAAGGUGGGGACAGUAUUUAUUCAAAAAUAAACCUCCUGAUGGGAAUGCUCCUCCCAACUCUUUUUAUAGAGCACUUUAUCCUAAAAUUAUACAAGACAUUGAGACAAUAGAAUCUAAUUGGAGAUGUGGAAGACAUAGUUUACAGAGAAUUCACUGCCGAAGUGAAACAAGCAAAGGUGUUUACUGUUUACAGUAUGAUGAUCAGAAGAUAGUAAGCGGCCUUCGAGACAACACGAUCAAGAUCUGGGAUAAAAGCACAUUGGAAUGCAAGCGAAUUCUCACAGGCCACACGGGUUCUGUCCUAUGUCUUCAGUAUGACGAGAGGGUGAUCAUAACUGGAUCAUCGGAUUCCACGGUCAGAGUGUGGGAUGUAAAUACAGGUGAAAUGCUAAACACGUUGAUUCACCAUUGUGAAGCAGUUUUGCACUUGCGUUUCAAUAACGGCAUGAUGGUGACUUGUUCCAAAGACCGUUCCAUUGCUGUAUGGGAUAUGGCCUCCCCAACUGACAUCACCCUCCGGAGGGUGCUUGUCGGACACCGAGCAGCCGUCAAUGUUGUAGACUUUGAUGACAAGUACAUUGUUUCUGCAUCUGGAGAUAGGACUAUAAAGGUAUGGAACACAAGUACUUGUGAAUUUGUAAGGACCUUAAAUGGACACAAACGUGGUAUCGCCUGUUUGCAGUACAGAGACAGGCUGGUCGUGAGUGGCUCAUCUGACAACACUAUCAGAAAGGAAAUAAAUUACAUUGAAAGCAGUACAUUUUUGCAUGGAUUAUGGGACAUAGAAUGUGGUGCAUGUUUACGAGUAUUAGAAGGCCAUGAGGAAUUGGUGCGCUGUAUUCGAUUUGAUAACAAGAGGAUAGUCAGUGGAGCCUAUGAUGGAAAAAUUAAAGUAUGGGAUCUUGUAGCUGCUUUGGACCCCCGUGCUCCUGCAGGGACUCUCUGUCUGCGGACCCUUGUGGAGCAUUCUGGAAGAGUUUUCCGACUCCAGUUUGACGAAUUCCAGAUUGUCAGUAGUUCACAUGAUGACACAAUCCUCAUCUGGGACUUUCUAAACGAUCCAGCUGCCCAAGCUGAACCGCCCCGUUCCCCUUCUCGAACAUACACCUAUAUCUCCAGAUAAAUAAUCACACACUGACCUCAUAUUUGCCCAGGACUCAUUAAAGUUGCGGUAUUUAAUGUAUCUGCCAAUACCAGGAUGAGCAACAACAGUAACAAUCAAAAUACUACCCACUUUCCCCGGACUAGCCGAGGAGCAGGGCUUUGAGACUCCUGCUGGGACACAGUUGGUCUGCAGUCGACCCAGGAGGGUCUUCUCAGUACAGCUGACUGCUUCCGUGCUGCUAUCAGAAGAUGUCUUUUAUCUUUCGUGAAUGAUUGGAACUUUUAAACCUCACCUCACUUCCCCUCCUCUUUCCCCUCUGCACCUGUUUUUUCCUCAUUUGGUUCCAGACAAAGAUGACUUAUAAAUAUAUUUAGUGUUUUGCCAGAA